AUGGCAGUUUCGCAAGCAGCGUACGCCGCUGAAAAGGCAAUUGGCCAUGAUGACAGCUCCAUCCUCGAGCAGGACAUUUCCAACUACGAGAAGACGGGCGAACAGGGCGAGACCAUGAAGGCGUUAUGCUGGAUGGGUAAGCAGAAGGUUGAGGUUCGGGACGUGACUAAACCCAAGAUCGUCGAUGAUGGCGACGUGAUUCUAAAAGUUACCGGAAGCACCGUGUGCGGCAGUGAUCUCCACCUAUUACAUGGCAUCGUCGUCCAGCUGAAAAAAGGCGAUAUCCUGGGACACGAGUUCUGUGGUGUCGUGGAAUCUGUCGGAUCAGGUGUGAAGAAGGUCCAGACCGGUAAACGCUAUGUCGCAUCGUUCCAGAUCGCUUGCGGUGACUGCUUCUUCUGCAAACAGAAGCUAUCCUCUCAGUGUGAGCGGACCAACUCCAACACGAUUGGCAAGGCCAUGUAUGGUGGACAGACCGCCGGAUUGUUCGGCUUCUCUCACUUCGUUGGUGGCUUCGCCGGAGGUCAGGCCGAGUACGUGCGCGUACCGCUUGCCGAUGUGAACCUCCUUGAGAUCCCAGAUGAUGUGCCCGAUGAGAAGGCGCUGUACCUGUCGGAUGUGCUCUGCACGAGCUACAACUGCGCCCACGACACUGCCAUCUACGAGAACGAUCAAGUGGCGGUGUUUGGUGCCGGUCCCAUUGGACAAAUGGCCGGGUUCUUCGCCGCGGAUGCGGGAGCCAGCAAGAUCAUUUUCGUCGAUACCGAGCCUCGGUUAACCUUUGUCAAAGAGCACUGGCCAGCGAAGUAUGCUAGCAAGUUGGAGCUGGUUGACUUCAAGCAGUUGUCCUUUGGAGCUACAAAUAAGGAGACGGUUGUGUCCAGGUUGAAGGAGCUUUGUGGUGGUCGCGGUCCUGACGUCGCUCUCGAGUGUGCCGCAGGAGAAUAUGCCAAGGGCUGGGCUCAUUGGCUCGAGAUGAUGGUAGGUGCCGAGACCGACACGAGCGAGAUCAUCAACGAAAUGAUUGAAGGCGUGAGGAAUUACGGACGAUGCGGCGUCACAGGUGUUUAUGUUGGCUACACCAAUCACUUCAACAUAGGCUCUAUGAUGCAGCGCGGCAUCCGACUUAUCGGAAACGGCCAGGCGCCGGUGUUCAAGUACUGGGAAGAAUUGUUGAAGAAGAUCCAGACUGGGGAGCUCGACCCCCUACAGAUGGUGUCGCACCGUGUUCGCAUGGAGGAUCUGGACAAGGUGUAUUACAAAUUCGACAAGCGGGAAGAUGGCAUGCAGAAGGUGUUUGUGGAAACGAAACAUUCGUUCCCUGCAUGUGCUGGCUGUCCCGCGCUGACCAAAUACUGA